AUGUGGACCUGCGUGGGGGUUAGUUUCUCUACUUUCUUGUAUCGAGCAUUCGCCGAUUUCUUCCUCGCUGGGAUCACACCUCGAGAUACGAGCUUCUUGAUUCAGCUUCAAUCUCAGAUACAGCUAUGGGUUACUUCCCUGCCGAGUGAAAGGGAACUCCGACUGGCAGGGAAGAGCGGCUGGCACGGCAUCGCUGGUGGACGAGCAGUCGCGACAAUGAACGUGGACGUGUUUUGUGAGGAACGGAUCCCGAGCCGUCGACAACGAAGCCAAGAUAUCCGAAUUCCUAAAACAGCCCGUCGAGCUGACUUCGCCUCCACAAAGAUUCACAGGACGGAAGAAAUAGGUCUCGAUUUUCCGUAA